CGUAGUCGAAUUCAGUUUCUGUUUGAAAAAGAAUUUGCUUCAUUUAUUCAGUUUCUGCUGCUCUACGAAAAAUCCCCCAUCUCCUAUCUGAGGUCCUGCAUGCAGAAAAAUAGCUCGCGGUGGUAACGGUUCAAACUCUACGGAUAUUGUGCAUCUUUUAAUCCAAAAUACUGAGACAUGAGCAACCAAGUCAACAACGUAUCAAUUGACUUGCGAAAUUUUGAUGGAAUCAAUUUAUUGGGGGAGUCUGACAAAGAAAAUGGAGGGCAAAGAAGCACCAGUGCAGAAGGGCCAGCAGUACAGGAAAUUAUCAAAGCACGAGCUAAGGGAAUGCACAGGUGGAAUACAUUCUUCAUUAUUCUAUGUUCAUUUGCAGUCUUCGUUGAUCCUUUGUUCUGCUAUCUCAAUGUCAUUGAGGAAGACAAUAUGUGCUUCAAUAACGACUGGAAAGUGCUGCUCGCAUAUGUUUGUUUGCGAAUAGUCGUUGAUGUCUUUUAUGCUGUUGACAUAAUCAUUUUCUUGUGCGGAGUUUUUAAGAAACGUAAGGGUAAGAAACUUUGGGCAUGCUGGAAGUCAAGAAAUGAUCAAAAGACAGUAGUUCCUUUGAAACAAGCAAUCAAAAGAUACUCCGUUUUGUUACCCAUUCUGGUUGCCUUUCCCAUUCUAGAGAUACUUUUACUCUCUCCAUUAAGGGAUUACUGGGAUCCUAUUUAUGUUAUUUUCAUUGUCGCCCCCUUUCAAUACGUGCUACGGAUCUUUCUUAUCUAUGGAUCACAAAGGUGGCAUCUUAUGAAAAAGACUGCAGCAGGAAGAUGGCUGAAACCUUUGUUGGAUUUUCUGCCUUUUGUCCUUGCUUCUCAUCUAUUUGGAGCCUUGUGGUACCGUCUUGCUGUACAAAGACAAAUAGAUUGUUGGAAGACAAAUUCUAAAAUUAUUCGAGGAAAGCCAUAUGAAAAUUGGUAUAAAUUUGAAUGUAAAGACAGCUCGCCAUCCAACAGCUCGUCAUUCAACAGCUCGCUAUUGCAAGAAUUGUGCCCUACAAAAGAUGAAAAUUCAAAAGUCUUCGACUUUGGUAUAUAUUUUUAUGCUCUUCAUUCUAAUGUGACAAAUUCAUCAAAUCUUUCACGAAGAAUGUCACUAUCUUUUUGGUGGGCGCUUCGAAAUUUAAGUUCUUUUGGUUCAAACCUACUUACCAGCAUGCAUAUCUUGGAGAUCAUCUUUUCAAUGGCGAUAUCUAUAUGUGGCAUGGCGCUAUUUUUAGUAUAUCUUAACGCAAGAGUGCAGGAAUCACAAGAACGAUCAAAUAAGCUUAAACUGAGGAAAAAGAAGCAUUUGAUGAAACCAUAUAUAGAUUUGUGGUUAUCUAAAAAUGAUCUCUCAAAGUUGACGACAGUGACAAAGAGCUCUAUGGAUUUGCAGACAACGAACAAAAGGGAAAAGCCUCUUAAGACGGUGAUUCUUGAAAACAUACACAAACUUGAAGAAAACAAAGAUAUUGAUGUGCAGAAUAUCAUUUCUAUUCUUCCCAUAAAGUACAAAAAAAGCAUCAUGCGCUUUCUUUGUUUGGCUUCACUAAAGAAAGUGCCAAUGCUUGAGAAUUUGAAUGAGAAAAUGUUGAAAGUGAUUUGUGAGCAUCUAAAGCCAGUCAUUUACAUAGAAGACAACUACAUUAUUGAAGAGGGGAAACCACUUGGAAUGAUACUCUUCAUCACGCAAGGCAUCGCAUGGACAUACGCAGUUAGUAAUAACGUUGGUGCAGAAACAAGCUGUGGUUCUUCAAGCAAUAAAUGGUUAAACCGAGGUGAUUAUUAUGGAGAAGAGCUUUUGCAGUGGGCAUUCAAAUGUCCCUCUUAUUGUGACUUACCCAUCUCAACUAGAACUGUUAUUUCCCAAGAAAAGGUCGAGGCAUUUGCUCUUAGGGCUAGCGACCUAAAAAGCAUUGUGUCAAAGUAUUGGUGGCAUUUUACUAGGGAGGUACCUCAAGUAGAGCUCGAGCAAUGGGAGAAUUCAGCAGCUUCUUCGAUACAAGCAGCCUGGCGCAGCCAUCUGGCAAGAGCUAGGCACUCAAAUGGAUGGGACAAAUUUACAGUACAGUACUACUGAUUGCGAAGUAACCAACUGCACUACUGUGUGUUUGGUUUAAAGGGCAAUUUUUUUUUUUUUUUCGUUUUUGAAUUUUG